AUGUUCGUGAUAAUGUUGCGUAAUGGUUACCAUAUCGAGAGUACACGCUGCACUGUCAUUGUUCGAGUCCCGCUGGGGCUGUUGAUCGUUACCUUUGGUCAUUCCAUUCUAUUACUCUUCGUAUCUCCCAAUUGCCCUUCUUUUCUUCGACAGCGUCGUAUUCUAGAAUCUCAUCUGGAAACUACACGUGUACAUCUUGCGGAAGUGAAGACAGAAUGGCACGAACGGCUAGUUAGCCUCGAGUCUCAGAUCGAGCACCUCAAUACUAAAAUAGCUGAAGAUGCCAUAGAUUUGAAUGAUGCACAACGGUGCCUGGACGAAGUUAGAACUCAGAAUUCACAUAAGUGUGGAGUCAUCAUACCUACUGUUCACCUUGCCCCUCUUUUUCAAUUGGCUGAUCCGACUCGGGCCUCCUGUCCGGAUCUUCUUCAUGGGGCCGUAAACCCGUUAAUUAUCUUUCUGGUAUGCUUAUUGCAGACAGAGCUGAUUGAAUCUCGUGACCUUGUCUACCGCCUUGAGCAGUCAGUUGCCUCUUCCAGGAUUGCUCAAGAGGCAGCUGAAUCGGCCAGCCAGGAAAGAUAUCUUCUCUUAGAGGCUCAAUUGGCAGGUCUUGAAGAGCAGGCUAAGCAGCUAACUAGUCAGCGAAGUGAGGCUCGCCAGCGUUGCGUACGUCUUAGAAUAUACUAG